AUGUUAAAUAAUUACCAUUUAUCAUUUUCUAUUAACACAGAAUUACAUAUUCCGUCGUUAACUUGUAUUCAAACUUCGUUCUCAUCAUCAUCAUCAUCAUCAUCAUCAUCAUCCAAAUCAUCAUCAUCAUCAUCAUCCAAAUCAUCAUCAUCAUCAUCAUCAUCCAAAUCAUCAUCCAAUUCAUCAUCACCAUCCAAUUCAUCAUCAUCAUCCAAGUCAUCAUCAUUAAGAAUAUAA